UAAAUCAAACGAAAAAUGCAUUUACAGUCAGCCCAUUAGGCCGUGACUAGGGGACACACAUUUUAUACGGACAUGAUGAACAUACACCACGGUGCCUGGCUGUUGGCUACAGCAGUAUUUACUGCUGUUGUAACGUCUGUCUACGGAUUCAUUGAACCCGUUGCUAUGCCGGAAAGCCUUGACGACUGUUAUAAGUUCCGUACUAAGAACCUCAGCAUCACAUAUAUCCCUUCACAGGACAUAAAUAUGUUUUGUAUAACGCACUUUCUCUACUCCACCGCCCAUCUCCGCCCUCAGCGUCCGAUCUCCAACGAAACUAUAGCGUACGCACAGGAACUAUUUCGUCAACUUCUUGCGCAGCACAACCCGGAGGAAGGACAUCGUGUGAAGAGGCAAUUCAACAAUGUCCGACAGGAAGUUCGUACACUCAGUAGACCUCAGUGGAAUCUCUUUACCAACAGGAUAAAUCGGCUCAAAAACCUUCAGGUAGGAAAUGGAAUGAAUCGUUAUGAUUCGAUAGCGGAUAUUCAUAGACUCGUUGUUGGCUCGGCACACAACGGACCUAAUUUCUUGGGAUGGCAUAGAAUAUACCUCUUAAUAUUACAAAUUGCGUUGGGUGGUGUUCCCAUUCCUUACUGGGAUAGUCGGCUUGAUUUCCGUAUGACCGAACCAACCGAUUCAGUACUUUGGACCUCUGAAUUCUUCGGGAACGGUUUUGGAGCUGUAACGGAAGGUCCUUUUGCAAAUUGGCAAACUCCAGGAGGAUCUGCUCUCAUCCGAAAUAUAGGAAACGAUGGAUCACUUGUUAAUGAUGAGGGUUUUAAUGCAGUUUUAACGAGAAGAUUUCACCGGGAGAUCGUUGAGCCAAGUAACAAUCCCAUGUUUAGUCUGGAAGGUCACCACAACAGCCCACAUGUAUGGGUGGAUGGUCAGUUAUCUGCCCCUGCCACAGCUGCCCAGGAUCCAGUCUUCUUCAUGCAUCACUCCUUCAUUGACUACUUCUGGAGUCUUUUUAGAGCGAGGCAAAGGUUGUUGGGUAUUAAUUCAGCAUUUGAUUACCCUCCAACUGCUAGUCCUGCACAGCAACCAUUUGCAAGAAUGAUACCGUUUAAUUUGCGUAAUAUUAAUGGGUACGCCGACUACUUUGCUAGUAUAUCUGUCUAUGCACCGUCGCCAACUUGUCCAGCGUGUGGGGGUAGUCCUUAUCUGGAAUGUGUAUCGGGGAGCUGUCGAUCUCGUGUAGGUAUGGCUCCAGGAGGAGGAGGUGGUAUGGCGAUGGCGGCAAGUUUCGCUGGAAGAGGUGCUAUGGGUGGGAUGGCUCGUGCAAGUAUCGGUGGACCUGAACGAGCACAGGCUACAGCGAGGGCAACAGGUGCUCUCCCAAUUGGUGGAAGGUUCCGUUCAGCUUUCCGAGAUCCAAGAACAAGAGGCGAUACCUUACCUAAUCGUCCAGAAACCCGAGCAAAGCGAAGUGCGCAUAUAGACAAUGAGACCACAAGCGACUCCAACGCAAACAAGGAUACAACACAGAUAAACAGACCGUAUCAGAAUACAUUUGUAUUGAACGGAGUAGCGAAUGCAAGUCUAUGGGCGUUCGUUCCUGUUCGAAUUAUCUUUGAGAGACCUCCCGAAGCUCAAUUCGAAUCUUACUUGAUACAGGACGGCAAACUUGUUAAAAGCUCAGAUAUGUUCUCGCGUGCAAACCAUACCGGUUACACGAUUGAGAUUAAGAAAAAAUUACCAGCGACCUACAAGAAAUGUCAUGUAUCCGGUUCCGGAGCGUCGAAAGUUUACGUCCAGACCGACGGUAUUGACUAUUCAGGCAGGUACAAGGAUUAUGCUGUAGUUGAUGAGAGAAUGCCUAUCUCUUCCUCUAUGACGUAUAUUGGGGUCAAAAAUCCAACUGAAGGGGCUGCUCAGUUCUACAUGACCGCGUUCGACUCGUGUGGACGUGUUUGUAGACCCCAGUGUCUCAUUAACGGAAUCUACCGACCAUGCUCAGGAGCUUUCCGUAUUACGUCAUCAUUACCGAAAAUGUACGGAAUUACAUUUGAGGACGCAGUAAAAGGCAUCUGGAAGAAAGGUGAAAGUCUUGGUGCAGAAUCGAAUGGAGCUGGAAUACCUGUAACGUUUCUUUGUGAAAUCCAAUAUUCCUGGCCAUGGAUCUCAGCAGCGAGCCAGUGAAAGUUCAAGGUCUUUGCCUUGACAAAUGGAUAAUCCGAAAUUGAUAUAACGACUGUUUGUGAAAUGAAAUGAUAUUUAAUGUAGUGAUACUGCAACUGGUAAUUGUUUAAACAAUAUGAAAUUUAAAUAAUUGAGACAAUAUUUUCCUUUUUAAUAUUUAUUUGAUUUCAUCUUUUCACAUUUGCUUAUUCUUUUUAAAAUUACAUCAUUCUCAUAUUACAUGUAAUUAAGUAAAUCCUGUCAUAAAACUGACUUCUUGUUCAUUGUUGAAUAUAUUGCAAAAAGUUAUGGUAUACACAUUUGCAAAAAAA